UGGUUAGCAAAAUCACACGUUUAUGUACUCAACAGGAUAGAGUUAGCAUGGGACCGGUGUGUCAGUUACCGAUUGGACGUAUUCAGAUGUAUUAUGAUAAGAAAAGAGUAAUGUCCAGAUGUAGUAGGCCCCCCCACAGAUGGGAUAGUCAGGAUAGGAAAGUCAAAACCAUUAUUGCAUGAUGUAGCUAUGGUCUCCCUGGAAGUGACAUAUAAUAUCACGGGAUUACUGUCAGUAUUGCCUACGACUUGUCACAGCCACCAGAAUUCCAUAAAAUGGGCUAGAAGCCAACUGAAGAGGAUAGUCAAUGACUAUAAAUUUCGAAUUGUUCUGGGAAUUAGAGCAAAAGCACAGGCUAGGUUAAAAAGAAGUACACUGGGAGACAUCGGAGGGCUACUUGGGAGUGCCAAUUCCAUGCUUAAUUCAGGUCAGAUCUAUGACUUAAAUGAUUGUGCCUCCUGGGUGGCUGCUGAGACUGCUCGAGGACUGCACUAUAGUGUGUGCUGGACAGGAUAUGCCCUGAUAUCCGGGGAGCUACAAGGAGACGGUCUGCUACAGAUCCUUAGGCAGACCGCAGACAGGAUAAUAGACACAGCCGAAUCAGAAGCCACAGGGGGGGUAUACGAUAUGCUAUCACAAGAUCUAAUUGACGGGGUAAAAUCCGACAUUGAAGAUAUCAGGUUUGGAACAAUUCCCGAACACAUGUUCAGUUUACCAAUUAAACCUCAUAAAUUUACACAAGGAGCGGCAGGAAUUGGUGAUUACACAACCUCAAGGUGGAGGAGAGAGGGGAGUCAUAAAAUUUAUCAUGGCCAUUCCCCAAGAACAUUAUCCAAACAGGGCGUUCCUGAACAGCUAUAGGUUUGAGUCCCUAGGAGUAGAUAAAGGGGGGAUGGUAUUCCGCGUAGGGCUAUAUGGAUAUAUAUCCUCUGUAAAAGACAUGGUACUGAUGAGUGCUAGAGAUUGUUGUACAGAAUCAAGAAAUGACAUUGUGCUCAUAUCAAACGCUGGAGGUAUUUACAAACACCAGUAAAGUCACAUUCACCACAUUACCGAUUCAGGGAGCAUUUAAGGCAAUCCAGAUGUCCUCAACUCAAUGGUGCUUCAUGACCAUCGAGGCUGAAUUCCUUUAUGGGGACUUACUUUGUGCUAGCAACUUGUGUUUCUGCCUACAAGUGACUGAUCUAUUUACUAUAGGAGACUUCCAUUUGCUAGGCAGAACCACAGGAUACUUGUUUAGCUCUUGGUGGGAUAACACAUUGUUCGCUGAUCAAGCUCCUGUCAGAAUAGCACGCCUAGCCACGCAGGAAGCCACAAGAAUAGCUCAAUUGUAAGUAGAAGCUUCUAGAGAGCAAAUCGCGAGGGGGCGUGUACAAGUGGAUUUAGCCACCCAAUCGACCAGGAGGUUAGUCCAAUCAGCUACUUCCUAUGUUACGGCCGGAAGAUUGAUGAAUUGGUGGGAGAUGGUUAGAAUGGGUAUGACGAUAGUCACAGGAAUUAUGCUCUAUUGGACUCUGCUGACACCAAUGUAAAACCUGGAAAGGGACUCUCCAGGCACAGACAGUAGCAAACUAAAGGUGCGCAUCAAUUCCCCGACCUAUGCAUACUCCAAGGGAGAAGACAAGAGAAGGGAAAGUGAUGUUAUAC